UUGCCUCCCUCUUCUUGGGACUUGUGGAAAUUAUCUCGUUAGGGUAUCGGUCGAAUAGGAAAUACAGUAGAAUACUUAUCAACCAUGGAAACAUUAGUUUUCAUUUUUUUGUAAAGUGAACAAUGCACGUGGAUUGGUUGUUAUUUUAGCCAAGUCUUUCGUGAGUUGCUAUUCCUUUAGGACUUUCGGAUCUACAAGUGGCCAUCGGCGACAGCAGCAGCAAGUGUAGUGUUCACUAGGCCCCCACCAUGCUGAGUUUCCUCCGCCGGACGCUGGGCCGGCGGUCCAUCCGUAAGCAUGCCGAGAAGGCCCGGCUGAGAGAGGCCCAGCGGGCCACCACACACAUCCCUGCUGCCGGGGAGGCCAAGUCUGUCAUCACCUGCCGUGUGUCACUGCUGGAUGGCACUGAUGUCAGUGUGGACCUACCGAAAAAAGCCAAGGGUGAGGAGCUGUUUGACCAGAUCAUGUAUCAUCUGGACAUCGUAGAGAAGGACUACUUCGGACUACGCUUCAUGGACUCUGCACAAGUACCGCAUUGGCUUGACGUUACAAAAAGCAUAAAAAAACAAGUCAAAAUCGGACCCCCAUACUGCCUUCACAUGAGGGUCAAAUUCUACUCCUCAGAACCCAACAACCUGCAUGAGGAGUUGACCAGAUAUCUAUUUGUAUUGCAACUUAAACAAGAUAUCCUCAGUGGCAAGUUGGAAUGUCCUUUCGACACAGCAGUGGAGCUGGCGGCCUUCUCUUUGCAAGCUGAGCUGGGAGACUGUGACCCUGGGGAGCAUGCCCUGGAUCUGGUGUCUGAGUUCCGCUUCAUGCCAGAACAGACUGAGGCCAUGGAGCUGGCCAUCUUCAACACCUGGAAGGAGUGCAGGGGCCAGAUGCCAUCGCAGGCGGAGAUUAACUAUCUGAACAAGGCCAAGUGGCUGGAGAUGUAUGGGGUGGACAUGCACAUGGUCAAGGCUCGAGAUGGAAAUGACUACCAGCUAGGACUGACCCCCACUGGAGUGCUGGUGUUUGAGGGAGAGACCAAGAUAGGCCUGUUCUUCUGGCCCAAGAUCACCCGUCUAGACUUUAAGAAGAGCACACUGACCCUGGUGGUGGUGGAGGAUGACGGAGAAGAGGCUCAGGAGACCGAGGAGGGUAAAGAGCAGGAGCACACGUUUGUGUUCCGUAUGGACCACCCCAAGGCCUGUAAGCACCUGUGGAAGUGUGCUGUGGAACACCAUGCUUUCUUCCGGCUCCGCGGCCCGGUCCAGAAGGGCUCAGCACGCUCCGGGUUCAUACGCAUGGGAUCACGCUUCCGCUACAGUGGGAAGACUGAGUACCAGACCACCAAGGGCAACAAAGCCAGGAGGUCUGCAUCGUUUGAGAGGAGGCCCAGCCGACGCUACUCCAGGAGGACCAUGAUGAACCGGGGAGCCAACAAGCCCCAAGAUCACAACAAUGGAGUGAACCCCAACAAAGACACUAAGCCCCUCCACAUCAGAAGCCCCUGGUCUCUUCCUGUGGUCAGCCCUGCUCCCUCAGUCUCCACCAGCGGCCCCAUGGAUAUCGAAACCCUCCCCAGGAGUCCUGGCGGUGGCCAAUCAGAGAAGAGCAUGCCACUGCCCCUCGUAGCUGAUCUGCUGGAGACGUGUGUCGAUGAUGUCAUCCGGACACCUGUUCCCAUGGCGACAGCAGGCCUGCCUGCGGAGGCGGGGCCAAGCAUGGCAGCCUCCGCCUCCAGCCUCACGGCAGACGACACAGUCUCUCUUGCUGAGGCGGCAGCGCGGCUGAAGCAGCUGGAACUGGACAGUGCCCCACUCCCUGUCCCUUCCAGAGCUAACGUCAAUCUCAACAUGAACAACCAGGAGGACGUGGUGAAGCUCACAGAGAAGUGUCUGAACAGUGUGGGCAGCAGCCCUGUGCUCGCUCCACUGCGCCCCCCAGAGGACCUGAAGAGCAACAUCCUUAAAGCUCAGGCAGAGGCUGCCCUCAAGGGAUCACUGGAGGAGCACGUUGUGAUCGGGGACAAGAACACCAACCUACAGGAAGCAUCAGCCAGUGUUGAAAUGAUGGCUGCGGAUCUCAUGCCGUCAGCAACCAUGAUGGCUGCUGAAAUACUUAACGAAGGACUGCCAUCAAAGGCCAAACCAGAGGAGCUGGAGAUGCCCACCCUGCCGCCGCUGCCGGUCCCGCUGAGUGAUAACCUGAUAGAUUUCUCAGAUCCAACCCCAGUAUUACCACCAGCACCAGUGCAAUCUAAGUCCAUGAUAUCACCUCGCUGGAUCGUCCCUGCUGCACUGCCCACUGCCAUCUUUACUAACGGCCUCCUUGACCCCUCUGCCAAGACCGCCGCCCCUCUCCAACCUGAAGGGGGGACUCUUGCCCCAACCCUGCACCCCCAUCUGUUCUCUCAAACUCACAAUGUGAUUGCCACAAGCAUUGUUGCCCAGGUACCCAAGAAGGACGGCACAAAGCCCAAAGGUCUGUUGACCACUGAGCUCUGAGAGGGAAUCAGGGGGGCUAGCUUCUGCCCUGCUCACAACAAGUAUGUGCUAUUCCUGGCAUUCCCAAACUAGUGGGCUACUUCCCACCCUUAACACAAGAUUCAUUAUUUACUGCAUUUCCAAAACUGGGGAAAGUUCCUGUCCUAGUGACAACCAGCAACUCCUAUGGCAUUCCCAAACCAGCUGCAAUCAUGAAAUUGGAUUAUUGGAAUUCCUUCUCACUACAUUCCAGUUUAGAGAAGUAUUUAUUCUUUUUUUUUUUUUUUUUGUAUUUUAGUACUUUAGUUGUGUGUCACUGGUCCUCUCAUAAGCAUUCCUAAUUACCUACACAGUGUACACACAGUUCUUUUAGAUAUGUUUAUAGCAGGAAGGGACUGCAAUAAAUGCUGAGAGCUAAGGAAGAGGACAAAGCAAAGAUGACCAUGUCUGACUGGACUCUUUGAGACAAUUUUUUUGACACCCUUUGGCAUUGGGUACAUUCUUGUGUUCAGCACACCAUCUCCACACAGCCCAUUCAGGUAGAUGAUCUGUCAACCUGAGGCUGCCUACCUGGAUGAAGAACCACUGUAUCAAAGAACCUAGCCUCAUCACUGUACCUCAAACCGCUGAAUUAAAUUGGAGCACUGGAACUGGACUCUUAAUAGGAUGACAUUUUACUAUUUUUAUUUGAUUUUGUCUUGUUCUUUUUUCCCCUUUGAUUUUUUUAAGUGAAUUGUAUUGAUCAAGCGCCAGCAUUUAGUGUUCAGUUAGGACCUGGCUUUCACUAGAAUGUUCUGAUCCAGAUUACGACUCGAUCAUCUGAGGAUGACAACGGAAAUCUGUAGCAUGCAGGUAUGAAUUGAGCCACGCAUAAGUCAUAUCUAAAACGUUAUAUCUUUUCUAUAUCCAUAUAAAAACACUAGCUACGACCUGCCUUAUUUAGCUAGCUCAAUGUGAAAUUCUGAUUGUGUAACUUUAUACAACAAGGAACUACUAAUACCUCUAUUACUCCUGUGUCUAGGCCUAUACUUACUGUACUUUUAUUUUUUGUGUUACUGUAUGUGAUGGUAAUUUCUCAUCAUGUAGUCUUGACACUGUUUCUGGAUGUGGUCAUCAAUGAUUCUCAGGCUGACACGGGAAAUAGGCCUAUCACAAACUGGCACUCCAUUGGUUCUUCUCCAGACUAACCCAAUCACAUCUAGGAUCUCUGGCGGUACGAGUGAGUCAGUCAACUCUACUAUUGACUCACAUAAAUGUAUUUCAGAUAUCAGACUUUUUAUAUGUUGCCUCUGUGGACGGUAGAUCAGAAGUAGAUAUUUUGCGAGACUGUGUGCAGUAGAGGUAAAAGCAGAAGGAAUUAUUUUAAAUACUGCUAAUUUGACUAAGUCAACUGUGAGCUAUUAACACCCAUCUCAACAGAAAAGUCUUGAACAUCACGUUUAUUCAUUUUUUUGUGAAGUUUCAGAAUAAUUGAUGGUUUCUUGAUUAUGUUUUCGCUGGAAUACUUAAAAGAACGGCUAAGCUUUGUAAUACUAUCUCUCUCUAUUGGCUGUAUCAUGAGUUAUCUAAACUGAUUUGCCUGGCAAGAACAUUCUGUGUCAUAUAAAUGAUUUAUAUCUGCAUCAGAAAUUGUAGAGAUAGUGAUUGACCAACAUGAGUGCUCUGUGUACCUACCUAAUAACUUUUCUUUUUGCCUCUAUCUGAGAUGAGACUUUUCUUAGGUAGAAAUUAUACUUCACCAUGUAAGUGCAAUUUUUGCUGUAGCUCUUCUACGUUAAUUUAUUCCUCUUUUUGUAAGAGCACCCUUAUUCACACUGUAUUUAAGUUGUUUGUAGAUGUAAAAAUUGCUCUAGGUAUUGUCACCACACCAAUUUGUAUCAUGUACAUUGAUCAUCAUUACUUUUGAAGGAUUUGUAGACUGUUAAGCCAGUAGCAAUUUUGUACAAUGUAGUAAAUUCUUCAAGUAAAAAAAGUAUUCAAAAAAACAAGUGUGAAUUCUUCCAAUUAAUAUAUCUGGGCCUUGUCUCUACUACGACAAAUAAAUAAAUAAAA